AUGGGCCGACUCGUGACGGUCGCUGCCUGCGCGCUCAGGCAGUGGGCCCUUGAUUUUGAGGGGAAUACCGAUAGGAUUAUUGAGUCAACUCGCCAGGCCAAAGCUGCUGGCGCAAGGCUUCGCGUUGGACCGGAAUUAGAGAUAUCGGGUUAUUCUUGCAAUGACCAUUUUCUUGAGCCCGAUCUUUACCUCCAUUGUAUGGAGAUGCUGGCUCGAAUCCUUGAAGAUGAAACCUGCCACGGCAUACUCCUAGAUAUCGGUCUUCCCGUCACCCACCGCAACGUGAACUACAACUGCAGAGUGGUCUGCCUUGAUGGCAAGAUUCUCUUUAUCCGCCCAAAAAUGCAUCUGGCAAAUGACGGCAAUUACCGAGAAAUGCGGUAUUUCACUCCUUGGCUCCGGCCUACGGAGUGGGAAGAGUUUCACUUACCAAAAAAUCUACAAAAACUGCAAGGAAGCACACAUGUGCCUUUUGGAGAUUGCGUCAUUAGCGCACCAGAUAGCUGUUUUGGAGCUGAAACUUGCGAAGAAAUGUGGUCGCCAGACGCCCCUCACAUCCCGAUGACCUUGGACGGUGUUGAAAUAAUCACCAAUAGUUCUGCUAGCCAUUUUAGCUUGCAGAAGCUGGAUACUAGGCUAAAACUCAUCGGUGAAGCUACCCGCAAGUGCGGUGGUGUUUAUAUGUAUUCAAAUGUUUCAGGUGGCGAUGGUGAUAGGCUGUAUUUUGACGGGUGUGCCAUGAUUUUCUGCAACGGCCAGUUACUUGCGCAAAGCUCUCAAUUUUCGCUCAAUGAGGUCGACAUUGUCACUGCAACUGUUGACCUUGAAGAGGUUCGGGCCUAUCGCUCGAGUAUCUCCCGCGCGAUGCAAGCUGCACGGAGCACUCGAAAAUACUACAGGAUACAGACCUCCUUCGAGCUUAGCCCUGACGAGGAAAACUUCAAUCUUCGUCGCCGACCGACUUUAUCCCGGGAACCGAAGUUCUUCUCGGCUGAAGAGGAAAUUGCUCUGUGUACUGGUUGUUAUCUUUGGGAUUAUAUGGCAAGGAGUAACUCUGUCGGAUAUCUUAUUCCUCUGUCAGGAGGCCUAGACUCGUGUGCAACAGCCGUCUCUGUCUUCUCAAUGUGCCGGCUCGUCAUCCUUGCCAUCAAGGACCAAAAUCAGUCGGUCAUUGCUACUGUGAAACGUUUAUUCGGCGAGUCUGCUCUUCCCCAAACUCCUCAAGAAUUAUGUCAUCGCGUCUUACACACUGUUUACAUGGGAAUGUCAAAGCAGAGCUCCCACGAGACACGCCAGCGUGCAAAAGACUUAUCCGAAGCUACUGGAAGUUACCAUAUUGAUCUUGAUAUCGACUCUUCGAAGGUGGCUCAGAAGCCGAGAACCUUCAUGCUGCAGAACAUUCAAGCACGCACAAGGAUGGUGACUGCUUAUGAAUUCGCCCAAAUCCUUCCAACAACCCGUCAGUUACCUGGCGGAGGCGGCCUGCUGGUCCUAGGUAGCGCCAAUGUUGGCGAAGCGCUCAGAGGUUACAUGACAAAAUACGAUUGCUCUUCGGCAGAUAUUAACCCGAUUGGCUCUAUCGACAAAGCAGCUCUCAAGGGCUUCAUUGCAUGGGCCCAGGUUAAAUUCGACAUGCCAUGUCUUAAGGAUUUCCUAUCUGCCAUCCCUGCAGCGGGAUUAGAGCCCGUGACGGAGGAAUAUACGCAGUCAGAUGAGGCAGAUAUGGGAAUUACCUAUGCUGAAUUAACUGCCUUUGGGCGCCUUCGUAAGGAGAGGAAGAUGGGACCCUUAUCAAUGUGGCAACAUCUCGUUCACGUCUGGGGAAAAGAUCGCGACAAGGGACCGGACGAUCAGAAUCCCUCCCUCGAACCGGCAGAAAUCGCGGAGAAAGUGAAAUUCUUUUUUGUGAAAUACGCAAUCACACGUCACAAGGCCACCACCCUCACACCGGCUUUACACUGCAAUGAUUAUUCGCCUGAUGACAAUCGUUUCGAUCUGAGGCCAUUUCUCUAUCCCCCUUUCUGGCAGAGCUGGAGUUUCAAGAGGAUAGACAGGGAGCUUGCGCGCAUAGAGCAAGCACGAAAGAAGAGCUGA